AAAAAGAUCGUUUGAUUUUGUUGGUCGCGAGCAGCGUUGGUCGAUGUUACAGAUUGUUCAAUGGCUACAAUUCGAUCGAAUUUAACCAUGGAGAAGGAAGGAACUGCUACCGUUGUGCCACCGAAGCCGUCAGAAGGUAUCACAGGAUGGGUAGAAUCGGUGGUGAUCACCACGUCGCAGACUUCGGUAGGUCAAAUAUUCUUCAAACUCGUUGAUUCGUUUUUGUGGUGCGUGGAAAAGUCUGCACAAUGGAGUUUACCGUCUCAGGAAAUUACGGCUGAAGAGAAUGGCAAAGUGUUCGGAAAAAUAGAACUCGUGAGACCUCUGCCAUGGAUCCUCUUCCUGCCAGGAUUAGUAAUUUUGCGUAUCAUCAGAUGUGGACUGAACGUGGGCGCUUUUAUUUUAGGCUACCCUCAAAUACAGCCGAGUGGAAUGGUGAAAUUUAUGCAAAAAAGUCGCAGACGAUUAAGAGCUAUGAACACGAAAGCAGUGAAAGCUGCUAGGCGUAAAACGAGUAACAACAAGGACAAGAGGUUGACGAUGAUCGAGGCCAAGAAGGCCCUGAUCAGAUCCAUCAGAUUGACUCUGUCGACACUGUCUUGUCUGGACACGUCCAAAUCGUCACCGUCACCUCCUCCGACGAAAAUUCACAUAAGCAACCUGGAUUUCGAGCCGGUAAGCAAGGUAACAACUCCGGAAGAGAAAUCAGCAACAGAAUCCGUUGGAAGCCCCAUACAUCCUCCAGAGACGAAACGCAAGUUUUCACAGGUGAGUUCGGACGAAGGAAGCACCGACGACGAAUCAGGAAACGAGACGCUGCAAUCGAAGCUUGACAGAUUGGCGGGCGACGAUAGCACGGACGAUCCUGAUUUCAACCUCGCAGAAUGCAGCACGGAAUCGAGCACAGCGAGCAGCGAUAACGGAGUGGACAACGAAGUCUCUUUAACCGAGGUGGCUGACGUUCUAUCAGAAGUCAAAAACCCCCUCAACGAUGAUAGAGAGGAGGUUCUGCUCCUUUCCCUAGAGAACCUGAAAUCGAAAUCGAAGAAAGCCGAGGACAUGACGGAGGGCGUGAAACGCGUGGACAGUCCGGAGACCGAAGUUCAAGAGGAGUUUCGCCAAACAAGUGACUUUAUCAAUGGAGAAAUAAAUUCCACAGUGGAAUCACCGGCAAGAGUUCUUCCAGAAGCAAACCCAACACCGGAAGUCGCCAACGGAGUGGCCAGCGAGGAGCAAACCUCAAAGACUCCGCCCUCCAUCACUUCUCAACAAGCUUCUACACAACCACAAGCUCGCAGUUCCAUUUCGAAAGAGAACUUAGUUGAGUGUGCUGCGGAAGAAAGGCAAGAAGAAGAAGAAAAUGGGACGCAAAGACGCAAAAUAUCGUAA